AUGUCAAUAGCGACGGAGGUAAAAACUUCGGAGUUACUUGCCGUUCGAGUAAUGCGUUUAUCGAAACCUGCCCUGUAUCAAAGUGCACCUGUUUAUUGUGAACCAUCUGAUUUGUACUCAUCAGCUUUUAUUACCGGACAAUCAUUAGAUGGAUCAUUGUCAAAUAGCAUACCUAAUUCAUCAUUAAGCAAUAUUCUUGUAUUACCGUAUAGUUUUGGAAAGGUUUUUUUGGGCGAAACAUUUUCAUCAAUUGUAUCAAUACACAAUCAAAGUGAGCAGACGUUACGUGAUUGUAUUUUAAAAACGGAUAUUCAGACGGUUACACAGCGCAUUUCAUUGAGCACGGCUGAAAAUUUAGAAGAUAAACAAGAUCUUGUACCAGACCAAAAUGUCUGUCGAAUUUUACAACAUGAAGUUAAAGAAUUAGGAAGUCACUCGUGAGUUUGUGCAUCCUUAAAGAAUUUUUUCUGUUUAUGAUCUGUCUAUUUAGUUUAGUGUGCACUGUAACGUCCCAAGCAAAAAAAUGCCUUUGAGAUUAUCUAGCUAUAAAAAUAUGUUAUCGGGCAAUAUCGGCUUGUGAUAGCUAGCUAUCCGUACCACUUUUAUUGAGUUAGCUAGCUAU